GACUGCCUGCUGGUGGGUUUAAGCUCAUCAUAGAGCAGUGGAGUUCUCCUACUGGAAGAAUACCCCUCAUGCUAUGCUGUGUUGCGUUGCUGGAAAAACACAACAAAAGCUGUCCCAACUGUGAUGUGGAACGAUGGAAUUCGGCAGGAGCGAGACGAGACGUUGAAAUUCAUGAGUUUGUUUGGGCUGAGCUUGUUUUGAUUGGUUCACAGCGUGGUGCUAACUGGUGUCUGAGGAGUUAACUUUUCAAACUGGAUGGAUUUAUACUAAAAGAAGCAUCGGCUGUAAUUUCUUCUGGAGGGUUUCUUGGCUGUAACUCUUGAGGAGGGUUUCUUACGAAGAGAGGGCGAACAAGAGGAGGGAGUGCUUAUGAGGGAGAAGUUGACAGUCGCUCGGCUGCAGCGAGAGCUCACAAAAACAAAAACAGACAACAAUCAGCAACGGGACGCCAUCAUGAGGGACCUGGCCGAGGAACGGCAGUCGCGUCUUGACGCAGAGAAACGCCUGAAGGAUGCCCUGCUGGAGGGCGAGACAUACAAGUCACGCCUUGAGGUGCUGCAGGAGGACCUGACCAAGAUGCAAGGAAUGCUGAACAGCGUCAUGGAGUACAAGAGCAAGAUGGAACAGAUGAAGGAAGAACAUGGUGGCAUUGUCAUGACUCUUGAGAAUGAACUGAAAAAGUGCCACGCACACAUCAGCAAUUUGGAGAGAGAAAACAGCAAUCUAUUGAGUGAAUGCCACGUCCUGGAAUCCAAGGUCGGUCAUGAGGAGAUACAGCAAGAGAAGACAAUGUUGCUUGAGAGAUUGCGACUUCUUGAAGCCGAGAACUCCGCUCUCGUCUUGGAGAAUGAGAACCAACGAGACCAGUAUGAGCGAUGCCUUGAUGAGGUGGCCAAUCAAGUGGUUCAAGCCCUCUUAAUGCAGAAGGAUCUUAAGGAAGAAUGCAUGAAACUCCAUCGGCGAGUCCGUGAGUUAGAACAGCAGAAUCGUAACCUCAAGUUUCUGUUUGAGCGGGAGAGACAGUGCUGUGGACCUGCCGUUACACCUCUACAGAGUUGCUUCCAACACCCGUUUGCUAAUUUGUCAUCGCCCGGUCUGAACAACCCUACCCUCUCAUCGUCGAGCCAAUCGCAGGGCUUAGCCCCACCAGCCGGCAGCAGCUCCAGUCCCAUGCUGAUCAGACCCAGCAACCGGAUCCCUGACACUAGGGGUCGACCGGAACAACUUGGCAACGGCGUCGGGGGCAGCGGCGAGGGACUACUACCGACUGACUCAUCACAUCCUGGUUGUGAGCCGUCCCAGGGUAGUCCAGGACAUGGCGCCAAUCCUUUCCUGUAUCAUCCCUGUGGUUCUAUGCAGCUGAGAUCACCCCAGACUCACUUCCCAACCAUACCCCAUCCAGAUCAUAUCAACAUCUCCCAAACAGCAGAUCCGAACUAUCAUGUUAACACCAGCGGAGGUCACCCUGUAGACGCUUUCGGCUCGUACGCCUUACCUACAAUGCAAGACGGUAGCCUGGACAUGCUGUCGCCACAGAGGGAGCAGAUGAUGUUUGCGCAUAAUUGUCAAGCAUACGCAGAGUACAGACAUGGCAGGCUGUCGGAGAGCAAUGGACACGCCCAUCAGAGUAGCAUGAUCAGCUUUAAUGUCGCUGAGAAUGAUGUGAGCGAUGGCGCCGGGGAAAUGAUGGGGCUGGAAGAUCUGGAAUGGGAGCACACCAUGUUGUCGCCAGCUUCACAGAGACACCUCUCGGAGAUGGGGAAAUCGGGCCGGCAUCUAUCGAACGGCGUAGUCACCAGCCCGGCUAAGGCUUUAGCUUUUAGGAACUGCUACGGUAGCGCAGUCGCAGAUAGAAAGCUUGGAGGUGGCCUCGUAUGUCGAGAGGCAGGAAGGAACGGUUUUAGUUUGGGAGAGCAGUACACAAAGCCCUUCGUCCACGCGCCUUUCCACUACGCGCAGAGCCUUCUCCAAGAGCUCAAGGACAUCAGCAGCAGCGUCAAGAGUUUUGAAAGCCUGACAUUAGAGCCGAAAGCUGGCGUGCAGCAGAAACGAAAGGCGAGCCUUGAGGGUCACUCCCCGCAGUCGAGACAGAAGGUUGUUAGGUGCCAGCCGGGUCGACCGCCGGAUCACAUUAUCGCAGUAUCGUCUUCCGAUCAAGUGACCUCCUAUGAUGCCGGUCCAUCUCUCGCCAGAACAAGUGGCGAGAGCAGCGGUUCAAUGACAAGUUCAGAAAGCAUAGAGACAAUGUUGGAGAGGCAGGCCUCCAUAACACCCUUUCCAGAUUCUCGAAUGGAGAAUGGCAACCGGGGGAAGCAUCAAUACUCAGAGCAGCAGAAACUUCCGUCCAGGGAUGUGGACAGUCAGAGAGUUCACUACCAAAACAGUCAGGCUGACCUCUCCACGGACAGCACACCUAGUCAGUAUUUCAAGGCCCAGAAUAACUGCAGUUCACAAGAGAAACCCCAUCAUAUUCCAGAAAGCCAAUUAAACCACAGCCAUAGUAGCGUAUUAAAUGCAGGGAAAUCACCACAGUCGCCCAGAAUUGAUAGAAACGCAGGAAUCUAUCGAUCUCUCCAAAAUAGAGACUUCACAGUGCAACAGAAAACCAACACCGGUAGGAACUUACAUGACACUUCCCAGCAGACUCUCGUUGUGCAGAGAAACACUACGAUGUGUAACUCAUCUCAAACACUUGACACACUUGUACCUGGCAGAGAUGAAGGUAGUGACAAUUUCGUCGCGAACCAAUCUCCGACAAUGCAAACAAAUGUAAUGCAACCGACAAAUGAUACUGAUUCCACCAAGUUUGCCCAGAUAGUCACUCAAUUGCCUCCUCAGAGCCUGGCCAUUCAUCGGAACAAACCUUUUCAGAAUAACGCUGUAAAUCCUCCGCAGUCAAGAGGGGUUGCUAAAAAUGUAGCUAUGCCCAAACAGUCAUGUCCUUUAAGCUCGGCCAGAAACAAUAACACACAAGCAAACAAUUUGUUGAACAGUCAUGGGCCUAACCUGCAAAGAGCUGACCAUUCAGCCAGAACGGCUAGCUCUCCAAGUAGACAUCGAAAUGUGUCUUUCCCCAAACCUCACAGACAUCUCUCUGAACCAAACAGCAGUAGCUCCUUAAAGAGAGAUACAGCUCAUUUUGCAGCUAAUCCCUCGGCUUCUCCCAGUAGUAUUUUACCGCCAAAAACCUUAUCGGGAGAGUUGUCGAGUCAGGCAAUCAAUAGACAUAGACAAACUUCAUCUGCACCGACAAGCCCCUCCAAUGAUCGCCUUGCUGCCCGAGUUCAUCAGAGAAAUGUUGCUCGCAAAAUGUCCCCUCGUGUUUGUCGACCCGAUGCGAUUAAUAAAAAGCAGAAUGAGAACAAAACGGAAGGCACUGGCAAUAGUAGAACAGCUCAUGGCCAACCCGUUAGAAAUUCAGAUGCUGAAAAGCAGUGUUCAGGUCCAGAUUUAAACAAUGUCAGUCAUAAUGCCAACAAGGCUCCCAUACCCAGAGACAAUAUGGCGAUUAGACCUGUUGAUUUAAUCAUUCCAUCGAAGGAGACCAAACUAGAGAAGUUAUCGUCAACUGAUAGGCUCGCAUCCAAGGUUGAGCACAAAAAAGUAACGCGGACACAUCAUUCACCUGAAAUCACUGACAAACAAGUCGCAAAGGCUUCAGAGGAGACAAGGACGGCUCCAAAAGAAAAGUCUGCCUCACAAAAACUUAAAAUCUUGGAUCAGUUGAUCCAUAGCAGUGCCUCAAGCAAUCAGGAAGAAAACAUCCUGCCUUUAAACGAUAUGAAAUGUAAGCAAGGGAGUGCUGAGAGAAUUGAGACUUUGAUUGCGAUGUUUUCAUCGAACCAGGAGAGGAGCUCUCAGGAUGUGAAAGUUGCUCCCAAGGUUCCACUGGUAGAUUUGUUCAAUGAGGGUAAUAAGCAAUCGAGUGUGGAAGAGACUGAAGUACAGAAAGACAAUUCGGUGCUGGACGAGUCUCAAGAUGAGACGAAGGAGACUGGGAAGAAAUCCCAAGACAAUCGCGUUGGAUCUUUCAUGAGAGCUACCCUUCCUCCGGUAGUCUCUGCAGCCACUCGCAAAUCCUUUGAGGACUCCAGCAUCAAACCUCCUAUAACAAACAUUGACGAGUUACCAGUUCGUGGAUACAGCGGGUUAGACACCGCAGAUUCGGCUGUCUCACGCAGAGCCAAACUCCAAGAGCCGAAGGAGGAUAAGGAGCUACUCAAAGAGCAAGAAGCAUCUGUGGAGGAGCAAUGCAUCCAGUCUGCAAGCAUGGGCGACCCAACAUCAACCCAAUGUCAGCUUAGAAAUACCUCUCCUCAAACUGCCGAGGAAGCUUACAAUGAAGUAGGUACCACCAAAUCAAAGUCGGGGGAAAGGCUAACUGCUGACGACUCUGACAUCAAAAGUGCCCGCAGACAAAGCCCUCUUCACAUCGGAACUCUUGAUUCCUCUCCCAGGCAACUGGGUAGGAACCAACCAGCUUCUGCGGCAGGUAUCUUGGAUGGCCAUAAGAGAGUUAUGAGUGACACAACCUGCAAGAAGAGUCAGUCUUAUGAGUCUUUACAGUCUAACCAGUCAGAGGGAUCAGUAGACUGGGGAAGUCCGAUCAGGAUGACGACAAAGAAGCCUGCAACUCCACUGAGUGACAUUCUCUGGAGUGGCUCCGACAGUGACGAUGAGGAGGAGGCGAAUGUAAACUUUGUUGAGAUGUGGAAAUCCAGAAGCUCCUCCCCGAUGAAGCUGCCGGACUGGAACCCAAGAAAGAGUGUCGAGGACUACAAGAAGAAGAUGCGGGAUUCAUUGACGAGUAGUACGCCAAGAUCUUUAGAACGGCCAGACAGCUUGACCUCAUCAACAUCCAGUGAGCAGUGGAUUCUAAACUACCCCUUCGACAAGGUCACCCCUCCUCAGACCCUGAACAGACCCACGAAGACAUCAAGCUUAAAAGAAUCAUCCACCAAAAAAACAAUCAAUGAAAUGGAACGAGUCAAAGACUUAAAGGUAGCAGAAGCUAAAACUGGGGCAUGUGUUACAAAGUCUUCCCCUCCAGUGAGGAUGAAUGGCUCGAUGAAAAGAGAAACAGCUGACGGGGUGAAAAAAGACUGCGUGAAGAAAAAUGGGGAACGGGUCCGGUCAUCCGGCAGUGAAAACAGUAGCUUAGGGGAAAACUCAUUAAUGGCUGAUUUUGUAUCGAGCAUCCUGACGGAGAUCUCGAGUGAUGAAUUUGGCAAGAGCUGUAACAGUCUUGACUCUGGCUUAAAGGGUAAGAACAAGGCAAUGAAAAGUGGGAAGGGGGAGAAGAAAAUCAGCCCUGGCACAAGGUCAAAGUGGAAUUCGCUUCCCUCAAACCAUUCACGUUCUCUGGCUCUUCCAGUGUCGGCCAACUCUAAAAAUCCACAAACUUCCAAAGACAAGGUUUCCAAAACUCGUUCGGCCGAGGCAAAGGCAACAAAAACAAAAUCCAAGGAGCAGAAACGCAAAGAUUCCCUGUCCGGCAUUCCAAAAGCCAUCACCGAAAAGAAUUUCAAAUUUUACCGCGGGCAGUCGUCUAGGGGGAAAUCCGUUGAGCAAGAAGGUAAAGAGAACUCAAGUAGUAUUGUUGAGCUGGUCAAGAAGAGGGAGCCCAAAGGAAGAAGUCGCAUCCCCAAGCUUAUCAGGAACAGUUUCAAGAGUCAGAAAUCCAGUCAUUCCGAUAACUCCAUCAAGAAGAAAUCCUCUAAGGGGUUUAGUAAAAAAUCCACCUCACAAGAUGAUCACAAGAUCCAGAUGACUUGUAAUGUGCCUAGUGACCCGAGUCGAAGAUGGAACAGUUUGACCAGGUGUGAUAGCGAUACCAAGGAACGUAAGAACACGAGUGCAGCUGCUGGAAGUUUACAGAAGCCUUCAAACUUUGGGAGUGAAGACAUGCCCUUCAUGGAUGAAACCGGUACGGGUAGUCCAUCGGAUAAACAAGUUGUGGGCAAAUGCAAUUUGUGCUCCGAGGGAGUGUUGUGUAGUGCCUGCUCUCAAAACUCUCAGAAAGCUACGAAAAGUAGUAAAGAAUCCCUCAAAGCUGGUGAUCGUGUCCAAGUAAGCGUUUGGGAGAAGACGAAGGGUGAUCAUCAUGUGAGGAGGGGCUGGAAACCAACGUCCGAUGCUGCCAACCAGAGAUUGAUCCACGACAUAGAACGGGGUCACCUCGUCGGCGACUUCGACCCCGAGAUGAAUCCCAAGAAGUGGACACAGCAGCUGAACAGCAACAACAAAGGCAGCAUGGAGAUGGGCCUGCACGCUAAGGAACGUUUGGAGGGGAAGGUGAAAGGAAGCGAGGGUGGGUCCAAGGAGUUCAAAGUACCGUUGGUCAAUGAGGACAUGAUGGAGGAUUUUGAUGCUGAGGAACUUUGCGAUGAAGGGUCGGAGAGUGCUAGGGAGAACUCUGCUCAGCUUACAGAAAAGGAGAGGGCUAAUCUCCUGGACUCGCUGUUUGAGAGUGAGACCGACGAAGAUGACGAAGGAGGAGAGAGUCUCGAUACAUCAUCUGACAGUCACCCUGAUGAAAAACAGUUCCUUAAACUUCUUGGUGGGCCCGGUGGUGAUAGAGUGUCCGGGUGGAAGCGUCAGGUAGUACGCCCUCAGGCCAUGUACUGUCAUGUCUCCAUUCUGCAGCUGGACUUGCAAGCCUUGUACAUGCGCUUCGGUGAGAAGGAAAAAGAAGCUCUGUCCAGCUUCGGGUUUCUCAGAAGGGAAGAGUUGGAGCUGGAGGACCUUGGCACGCCUCUUAGUGAACAAAUGAACAAUAAUGCAAAUGACUUACAGUUCUCCUUGGCCGAAGCUGUAGAUGCUCGAGCCAAUAUCUGUCGUUCUUCAGACCAACGUGGUCCAGCCUUUAACCAAGCGUUUGAUGAGAGUCUGUCGGCCAGUGAUGAUGUUUCCUGCUACAGCCAGUCCUCAUCUACCCCUAGUCUGUCUCUACAUGAUUGAGGGAUGGUUUUAUUACUUCAAGAUCCAACAAGAAACAGCUCAACUCUCUUGAUAGACGAUUCCUCCCCUACUUGGAACAAAAUGAUUCACUUCAAACCUUGAUCCUACAUUUCCA